GCAGCUGCGGGCGCUAGCAGAACCGGCCGUCGGGAGAGAGACGGAGGCAGGCCACGCUGCCUGGUCCUGCCAUCCCGUUUACUGCUCAGCUCAACCCGGAGUGUCAGGACCCGUUCUCUCCCUGCACUCUCUCUGCACUCUGCGCGGGGCCAGGCACUCCGCGCCGCCUGGACAGCCAGGCCGGGUGCAGUAGGCUGCUAGAGUGGAACAGGGGAGCCUGCCCUUUACGGUGACUUUCUGAAAGCUUGCCCUCAGUGUCUUUUGACGGCACAGCGCCUGGCGUGGGACGCGGAGACCAGGCUUUAGUUGCCAAACGGCUUCUUUCUCCUCUGGUGAUCCGGAUUUGUUUCCUCAGCCCCCUCCUGCGCUCCCUUCUUUCUCCCCUCCCGCCUUUAGCGAGGUGACACAGGCGACACCUGCUCGCUCGUGUUCGAUUCUGGAACUCGCACCUUCUCGGUGGUGACGGUGCCAGGGCCCUGGUGACAGGGGGGCCGCGGCGGGCUUCCCUGGCUUGCGGCCCACGAUGCCCAGAGGGGCGGCGGGUGGGCAGCGUGGGGCCCCGCCCGCGGCGCUCCAAGGCGGGAUCGAGCGGCUGCGGCGGGCGGGGAGUUGCUGCUGAGCGGACUCGAGUUGGCGGCGCGAAGUCUCCGAGAGGGCUCCGGCCGGGACCCAUCCGCGAGCCGCGGGAGCGGGGACACCGGGACCGAGGAACGCCGGCAUCUUGCGGGCAGACGUCUGCGAGGCGCAGAGCCUCUCCUCGUCCCGCCCCAAGCGACUUCCCCCCGGCGGAGACCCAGGACCUGCGAGGGCGGGGACGCGGGAAGUACGCGGCGGAGGCUGCUCCGCGAAGGUGGAUCACCCGGUCCAAUUGCCUUUCCUCAGAGAGCCGGAGGGCGGGCGGGAGCGAGGGAGCAGGGGACGUGCGAGUGUGUGUGCGUGUGAGCGAGAGACGACGGGAGGCGGGAGGAGAAGUCUUUACCCGGCGUUAAAAGCAAACAAACCAGAGAUGGAGUAAGAGCGGCAGCUGAAGCGAGACCGCCUGGAUUCUCGCAGUCGGGGGAGCCGAGCGCACCGCGCGCAGCCGGCGAGGACGGCGGGCGGCCGCGGGCGCUGCCGAGGGCUCCGGGACUUUGGCGUCGCCUCCGCAAACAAAUCUUUUGAUUACUUUGACAGUGUGGAAUACAGAGAGGGGAGAAGAGAUCCGGCGCGCGCACUCCGUCUUCCACACCUGCUUUAGGGGGCUUCCAAUUCGGAUGUCAAGAGAUUCCUGAUCGCUCUUUGCCAUCGGAGGAGGAAACACUCGCGCGCGCGCACACUCGCACGCUCAGGGCCACACUCACACGCCCUCCACGAGCACGCAGCACCGGCCCUCGGUUCCCUAUGCCCCUGGAUGGUGAGGGCGGAUUGGCUUCCUGGAAGCGAUGCGAGAGCGGUGAGGCUGGCGCCGGCCCGCGGAAGCUGCAGGAGCGUCGCUAGGAGUUGCCGCCCCCGGGAAGCCGCGCUGCAGGAUGAGUAAGAGAUACUUACAGAAAGCAACAAAAGGAAAACUGCUAAUAAUAAUAUUCAUUGUAACCUUGUGGGGGAAAGUUGUAUCCAGUGCAAACCAUCAUAAAGCUCACCAUGUUAAAACGGGAACUUGCGAGGUGGUGGCACUCCACAGAUGCUGUAAUAAGAACAAGAUAGAAGAACGGUCACAAACAGUCAAGUGUUCCUGCUUCCCCGGGCAGGUGGCAGGCACCACGCGAGCUGCUCCAUCUUGCGUGGAUGCUUCCAUAGUGGAACAGAAAUGGUGGUGCCACAUGCAGCCUUGUCUAGAGGGGGAGGAAUGUAAAGUACUUCCAGAUCGGAAAGGAUGGAGCUGUUCAUCUGGGAAUAAAGUGAAAACAACUAGGGUAACCCAUUAAAUAAGGAUAAAUCAGGUGAUCCUCAAGGCUGAUGACAUUGAACAUAUGCAUAGAAACUUAACUCCUGGGGCGACCUCGAAGGAAGAUUUUUAUAUCACUCAGAAGAAGCCCAUCAGGAUCUGUUUCCAAGAGAUUUCAUUGGACUCUUCUUGAAAUCAAGACUUUUAAAAAGACAUGAACUUUUAUGUCAUGAAGAUUUCAUCGGAUUUGAACUGUGUUCAACUUGUAAAAUUGCUAAAAGAAUUUGAACUUGCCAUCUGCAGAGCUGAGGAAGAGUUGUUUUUUUCAGGGUGAUGUUAAAGACAGUCACCUUUUGGGUAUUGGCUCUGGAUGUGACUACUUUUCUUUUUUCUGAAAGCUAUCUUCCAGUGUACUGUCCUUCUGUCAUGGAUGUGUUCCUGGGUCCUAUGUUCAUUGGCUAGUGGGACUACACACGGCUUUAAUGACAUUUUUUUUUGAGAACUUCUUUGGCAUGGUGUAGACUGAGACAAUUUUAUUUAUAUUCUAAUCUUGGAGCUCAGAAAGCCUACAUGUUUUAACAUCUUAAAGUUGCUUUUGUUAAAGGAAUGGAACUAUAUAUCCAUUGAUAAUAAUUAUUGUUGGCAAGUAAUAGUUAUCUGAAUACAUCAAUCAUAUAAGAAUGUAUAGACAAGCUGACAUACUUCCCCAAGGCUAACAACACCCUACUAAAGCUCUUUGUCAGUUAAAUAGAUAGUAGUUAGACCUGGAUUACCAUUUUCAUUAUAUAAUACUUUGUAUCUCUAGAGCACUCUCCCUUUCAGGUUUUUUUUUUUAAGUGGGUUUUUUUUCUUUAAUUUUUUUAUGUUUACUUUUUCCCUUCACAGAAGUCAGCAGUGAGCAGUCAAGUUGUUGGGUAACCUUCAGUUUCAAAAAAUUGCCAGGGAUGCAUGUAAGUUUCUGAUUUCUUAGCUUGAAUGUUAUUCACUUACAUUUCUUCUAGUAUUUUUUUAAACUGUCCUUUCUUUCUAUCUCAUUUUAAAAGACUGUCUCUUGCUUGAUCCCAAUGACUGUUUGAAUGCUUAUGUAUUUGUUCAGUCUGUUGAUAGGAAAAAUUGUUAAAUUGUUUUAGCCUCAAAUUUAUAAAUAUUUGCUUAUAGUUGUCGCAUUCAAACAAUUUCUUAGGCCAGUAUUUUGUCCACAUUUUUGUAGCUAUUUUAACAUUUGUGGUUUUCAGUUCUACAGGAAAGUCAUAAAUUUUUAAAGGCCUUAAACAUGUAUGUACUUUUUUUUUCUAAGUUAAUACAGAAUGUAUAAUUUUAUACUACAUUUAUUUUGUUUGAUUUGUGAUGUGAAGGGAAAGAAGAAUGGAAAUUGCAUAGCCAUUCAAAUAAUAUUGUGUAAACCUAUAAUUUGAAGGAAUGUAAAGGGAUAGAUUUCUGUGUUUUACUCAUUUUAGACUACUCAGAAGAUGCUUCAGAAAUUGUCCUUUUAGAAGUUCUGUCAUGUUAGAGAAGGUGUGGAAAUAUUUUGUAUUUUUAAAACUCACUGACAUGGCCGAUUAGGCAUGUGUUGUUUUCCAUGAUGGAGGCUCACAUAUCCUGAAGAGUUUAAGUCUGUUAAUUUGUAACAACAUUCAAAGCCCAAUACAUUACACAGACUCUUUUCAGGGAAGAACAAUUAAAAGUGUAAAAUCUGUUAAAAAAUUAAAUUUGAAAAGUAUACUUCUGGCAUUGAACUAAAAUCUACUGCCCACAAGUACUUGGAAUGAAAUGACUUCUUGCCUCCAUUUUAAUUAUGCGUAAAACUAAUUAGAUGGCUCAAGAGUGGAUUUUCACAAUGCUUCAAGACUGUAUGAAAUCAUAAAGAAAAGAAUAACAGUUGUGCUGGAGUUUUUGCAUCAAUUAGAAUAUCAUUAGCUUCUUUGUAACAAAGUUGAAAACUAUAUUAUUUUGGAAAUUAUGAAUUUGUCCUAGGUUUGUUUAAAAUUAUAGAUAAUGCCUCUCAUUUUUUAAACUAUGUCCUCUGAAACAACACUGGAAAUUCUGUAUUAUAUACAAGUGUAAUACAUGCAUAUCAAUAGAAAAAAUACAUGGAAUUUCAAAUAUAUUAACUAGAUUAUCCCCAGUAGAUUAAUGUUGUGACUAUUCAGAAAAGGUGAAUAAAAUUGGAAUAUAAAAUGGACUGUCUUUCAUAA